AUGACGGAGACUGAGAGCGCCCCAGCCGCCGCUCCUCCAGCGGAGGCCGCCGCCAAGAAGAAGCCGGCUAAGAAGGCGUCAGCCGGAGGAGCCAAGAAAGGCAUCAAGAAGGCGUCCGGUCCCGCCGUGUCCGAGCUCCUGGUCCAAGCCGUGUCCGCUUCCAAGGAGCGCAGCGGGGUGUCCCUGGCCGCCCUCAAGAAGGUCCUGUCCGCCGGAGGAUACGAUGUGGACAAGAACAAGAGCCGCCUGAAGAUCGCCCUCAAGGCGCUGGUGACUAAGGGGAGCCUCGUCCAGGUCAAAGGCCAUGGGGCCUCCGGAUCGUUCAAGGCGAAGCCCAAGAAACCGGCAACUAAGAAGGCCACCAAGUCCCCAAGAAGAAGGCGGCCGGCAAAGCCCCCACCGCAGCCAAGAGCCCCAAGAAGGCCGCCAAGUCCCCCAAGAAGAAGGCGGCCAGCAAAAACAACCACCGCAGCCAAGAGCCCCAAGAAGAAGCCGGCCGCCAAGAGACCAGCAAAGGCUGCCGCCAAGAAGGUGACCAAGAGCCCCAAGAAGAGCAAAGCUGCAGCCAAGCCGAAAAAAGGCGCCAAGAGUCCCGCUAAGGCCAAGCCGGCAGCUAAGAAGGCGGCUAAGCCCAAGAAGGCCGCUCCGAAGAAGAAAUAA